GUGAAAGAGGGCACUUCCGUGUUUGGGUUUGGCCGGGUACGCGGGCGGUAUUGUGGGUGCGGUGCAGCAGCAUCCUUGAGGACGGCGACAAUGGCAGAUUUAUCACUAUAUCUCACCAACGUUAAUGUGUCAAUCGGACAAAACAUUAAUGUUGACCAGACCCUGACCCCGGUGAAGGACUUUGAGUGCGUGGAGCUGGAGGGCGUGGAACCGAGCGAGGGGCAUAAAGAGCCGGUUGCCGAGCCGCGGGAGAAGCCUCCUCGUCGGGUAAUCCAUUUCUCCAGCGGGGAGACCAUGGAGGAGUACAGCACCGACGAGGAGGGCGGAGACGAGCCCGAAAAGAAGGACCUGCUCGCCGCAACCCCGCCGGUCGAUGCGGCAAGGAUGACGUGGGGACCGUAUUUCUGGUUCAACAUGUGGCGUGCCGCCACCUCAACUAUCUCAGCGUGUGACUACCUCGGCGAGAGAAUGGCCUCCCUCUUCGGAAUAACGUCCGCCAAGUACCAGUAUGCCAUCGACGAGCACAACAGGAUCCGGAAAGAGAAUGAGGAAGAGAACGAAGAAAACCGGUUGUCGGAAGAGGCAGAGCGAUCCUUUUCCAAAUCGCAGGUGCAGGAAGACAGAGUAGACGAGCCAAUCGCCAUGCCGGAUCGGCCAGAGGUCCCGCCUACUCAUCUUGACGUGACUUAUCAGGUUGAGAAUGAGCAAAUGGUACCUUCGACCACCAUUACUGUUCCGGUCGUUGUCACGGCAACCUAAUUUCUUGGAAAUGGGUGUUCAUGCGUUUACAACCACAUCUUUUCUUAUUUUGUGUUUAAAGAAAACGUUUUUCAAAGUGCACUGCCCUUGUGCAGUAUAGUGAAUUAUAGAACACAGACCUACAGAAAGGGAAGUGGACCCUCUUCAGUUAGGUGUCACCAAACCCAAAUUAUGGGUCUUCUAUUUUAUUUCCCAGGGUUUAGGAGUCCAAUCUUCACUUGUUUACUCUCCUAACACGUACCCUGCUAGAGAAGAGGAGCAGACUCACAAUUAGUGUUAUGAUCGAACCCUGUGUUUAUUCAAUGAUAACAGCUCUGUUAAAAGGUCCACUGCCCUUUCUGAAGAGCUGUGUUCUAUACCACACUAUACUGCAAAAGGGCAGUGCCCUGGUGCUCACAGCAACACCUUUGUUUAUCCUACCAUGAGGUCGCUGUGAGAAGUCAGUUACACUGUGACCUGGUUCCAACGGCAGGGAUGGGAAUUGUAGUCUUUUGAGAUGUGUCUAGAUCCCCAUCUUCCCAGAGGAAGAUUCCAUGGUCUUCCUCCCGUUCCAAUAUAAAAUCAACCACAAAACAUUUUUUGAUUUGUUUCCGUUUACAUCUUUUCAGCCACUGGCACGAUUUAACUUCCCUAAAAGUGCAUUUAAACAAAGGGCUUACAUCAAAGUCUUUGUGGCAUUUUUAUUUUCCUUCAAGAACAUUUGUUUAGAGUGUAUGUUAGCAUCUUUGUCCUACCUAAAUAUUGGUGGAAUUGCACACUGAUAAUGCAAAGAAAAAGCCAGUUGUUUUGCCAAAGAGCUGUUGUUUUCACAUGAUUCGUUUUGCUCCACAACUAAUAAGGAUUCAUGGCUUGAACAUAACGUUUGUAUAGUUAUUCAUGCCUUACUGGGAGCACUUCACAGCACCUUUUAGCCUUAAACUUAAUGUUUUGUUACUAAAAAAUCAUAUUUUAAAGGGGGUCCAAGCACUCACAAUGUCUUUCAGCUUGUAAUGGAAGAAAAUAACUUUCUCGGUCAACACAAUCCUAUUGCAAUGAGAUCCUGUUGUAGAAAAGUGUCUUAAUUUAAAUUGUUUUAUUAAUUUGUAUUUAUUUAACUUGACACAGUUUACGUUUUUUUGUCUAAGUAACCAAAUGCACUGUUCGUAAAGUUAUUGUAAAUGUUUAUCAAGAUAAUUUAAUCGUCCGUUUUUAUAAAAUGAAAAGAUGGAAAAUAAAUAACAUUUUACUCAAAUCUUCACAUUCUUUUCAUUCAUUGUUUACCUUGGUCCUCUGUUCCUAAGAUGUCACAUAUUUGUCUGUGUAGACAUUAUAGUAAUAACAUAUGUAUGUAAUAACCUCCAAGGAAUGAGCUGAUUUAAAUCUUGUUCUUCUGGUGCAAUCUCUUAUCAGUCUGUCUGAGGGACGGGCUGAUGGCAGACAAGAUGGAGGGCUGGUCUUUGUCAUUAUAGGAACAAAAGCCUCCUCUGUCCUUCUCGUCUCCAUGGAGCUGCUCAGCUGACGCUUCAAUGUGGCCAUUCUUCAAGACCGGAGUGGGCCUUCCCUUGCUCUGGAAUGACCUUGGCAAGAGCGUGGCCAUGACCUCAAAGUGACACAGUGAAAUAAAUACAUUCAAAGUCUGUCUUUAGAUCGUCUUUAUUCAAAUAGAAUAUAUCGUCUUUACGCAAGGACUGAAUACAUUAACUAAUACAAUGUAUACGAUUGUAGUUUAUUACUUGACGUGAAUGUCAAGCACUGCAUACUUUUAUUUUUACUUUUAAUGGAAAUCUGCAUUUCGUCCAUCGAUUGCAAUAAAGUUUAUAUUUGAAAAAUAGACACAUCCCAACACA